CUGCAUAAUAUUUAACCAUUCAGAGGCAAAUGUCUGAACCAUUCAGACAUCUGAACCAUUAAGAGGCUGAAACAAACAGUCUAAACCAUUAAGUGCUGAACCAUUCAGACAUCUGAACCAUUCAGAGGCUGAAACAAACAUCCCCUAAUAAGAGUACAUGUUGGUAGUAUGAUGAGAAAAGUGAUGACAUCAUACCUGCCCUACCAUUCAAGAAAAGUGGCCAAACUUCAUGAUCAAAGAAAUUAUUAUCAAACAAUAUAUAUCAAGGCCACAUAUUCUUGAGAAUGAUUUAGACUUUGUCAUGAUUUUUUCAGGGCCAUAUAGUCAUUGAAGGAACAAUCAGCUCCAACCAAUGUAACUGAAUUAAUGAAGGUAGUCCGGGAUGCAUACACCAGUUUUCAGCCCACACACUGAACAAAGUGUGGCUGACUUAUCAACAUGUCAUGCAAGAGGUAAUGAAGGGUGAGGGGAGCAACAACUACAAAGUGCCACACAUGGGAAAGGAUAUUGAGAGAUGCCAUGCACAGAAUGGGACGUUGCCUUAGGUACUACAACUAGAAGAGGGUUUGUACGACAGGAGUAUUGCACUAUUGUGGAGCAAAAUGGGCCAGCACUACCUAUGGUUGAAACACAUAAAGUCCUAUUGGGCGUGUGUGCAGUUGAAGAUUCCGUGGAUGAAAUUAUAAAGAAACUUCAGGCAUUCCGUCAAAUUGAAGGUCAACCAAAAUAUGAUUUCGAGGUAUAUGCAUUCGCCGUAGAUGUCUCUUGCUCAAUCCAGGAUUUAGUUCGUGGUCCCCCAAUUGUGCCAAGUUUGAUCCUGAUAGAGUUACACUUGUUCAAAACAAAUAUGAUGGGCGUGAUAAAGAAACUCAUCGGUGCUCCACUUUCUUCACCAAAUCUAGCCCCUAAGGCUGGGGACCUGAUUGUUCAGAUCGUGGAAGACACAUUCGCACACACUGGUCCUCUUGUGGAAAAUUUAAGCAAUGAACCACAUGUCGAAGAUGACAUGAAAAGUGGUUCCAAUGUCUUGGGUACCAAUAAGUCACUCACGAUGGAGGAAAUUGUUGUUCAUCCGGUAGGUAUUUCCGAUGAUGCUUUUGUUAUUGUUACUGAUCAUGUUCCUAUAAACGAUGUUGAUGAGGAUGCACACCACCAAGACCGCGAGGAAGUUUUUGGGAACAAUCUGAUUGUUUAUGGAUGCACAGAAAGCUUUGGAAUGCUUGAUGCUGAGGUUAUUGUUAUUUGUAAAUCAGGAACUAUUGCACCCGGUUGCAUUCUUUUCAUCGAGUUGGUCGCAUGCAAUUAUUUAACUCGUGUUGGAGAUGUUGUAGGUCCAACAUGUUCUUUUGAUGCUCCAAUAACGAAGGUGCUUGACCCCGGAGGAUGGACGAUGAACGGUGUAAUUUUUUCCCGUUCUUUAUUUGAUUUCCAACUUGAGGACAAGUUGGUUUUCGAGGCGGGAAGAGUGAUACGGGUUUAUAUUUAGUUAUUUACCAUUAUUAUUAUAUUGCUAUUAUUAUUAUAGGUAGUUUUAUUAUUUAUGGUUAGAUAAUUAUAUUAUUAUUUGGAAGUAUAAUUAUAUUAGAUUAUUAGUAUUAUGGUUUAUUUAGUUACCUAGUAUGGUUAUGAUUCUCUAGAUCUACCAUCUAUAUAUGUAGCCAUUACUCAUAAUUUUAUUAUUCAAUCAAUAAAGAAAUAUUUCCCUA